AUGGCUCGUGCUAUCGACAUCGACGCUCCACUGUCUUCCGGAAUCCGUAGAUCCAAGAACUUCAAGAAGUCGCCAAUCAAGAGAGCAUCAACAGGAGGAAUCAAGAAACGUUUCAGUGGUGCUAAGCCAUCUGGAAGUGUCAGACGUCAGAGUGGAGGAAGAGUUCCACGUCGUCAAAGUGGAAGUUUCCAUAAAGAACUGAUUCCAUCGAAUGAUAACCGCGAAGUCCGUGUCAACUUGUCCAAUCUCGCCCCAUCGGUUCUCUCCGGUGACCUUCGUCAACUCUUUGCUGAAUUCAAAAUCAAGAACUGCUCCGUGAACUUCAAUGAGAAGGGAGCUGCAGCUGGAACCGGAGACAUCACUCUCUCGAAACGUCAAGCCGAUCGUCUCAUUCAAAAGUUUGCUGGAGUGGCUCUCGAUGGAAAGGAAAUGAAAUUCGCUAUUAUCGACACCACCAACAUCGCCAAUCGUGUCAAGUUCCCAUCCAAACCACAAAGAGUUCCACAAUCUGCCGGAAGACCAAGAACUGCUCAACGGACUCCAAAGAAACAAGGAAAACCAGCUGCUGGAGCUCAAAAGACUGGAGCCAAGAAGACAAAAAAACCAAAGAGAGAGGAGAAACCAAAGAAGACUGUCGAGGAAAUGGACGCGGAGAUCGACGCCUACAUGGCCCGUGCCAACUGA